AUGACACAGGCACUUCCAAAUACUAUGGUUUGUGUUGCAUUGGCCCCUAACGCUAGUACCGAUGACAAGUAUUCCUGUGACGGUGUGAAGAUCCAAGGAACGACUGCGCAAGGUACCGCCUGUUGCAGUCCAGGCACUUCGCCCAAGAAGGCUGACCCAGAAAAAGACCCGCAAAGCAGCCCGCAGUCUCCGCUUUCUGGAAUGACCGAAGAGAAAUACAAGAGUGUCUGUGGAAAGGCAGAUGAUCCUGCUCCGAGUUCCACAACCGAAGCGGACCCUUGA